UCUAUGAACGGCCGAACUAUAGUUCUUAAUAUGUGUUUAUGUGGUUUUAAGAUUGAUAAUUCUGAUUUGUAGUAAUAAUUACAAUUAUAAAUCUAAAAUUAAUAUCUUCUGCCAAUUAUUUUUCUAAUUUCUAAAUUUAGCAUAAGUUUUGAUUUCAAUUAGCUAUUCAUACGAGUAGUUACUCGCUUUUUGUUUGUUAUAAAAAUGGGGUUUCGCUUAUUUUUCGGCUUAGUCGCCGCGCUCUUUGUUUUUCAAUGCGUUUUGGGUGAAAACAAAUAUUCCCAAUCGGCGAAUUCCAAAGACCCAGAAGAGGUAAACUUCAGGAAGCUGGAUAAGCCAUUUAGAAUGAAUAAAUUAAAUUUACUUUGGACUAAAGCUCAACAGCGUUUAACAGAACCAAAGCUAAAAUCAUUAUAUAGUGAUCUAAUGAUUCAAGACAAAUUAGAAUUAACCUACAAGAGAAUGAAGAGUGAAGGUGGGGACAAGGAAGGCUUGAAAGAAGCCGAAUUGAGAAGGAAACUCACUACUAUUAUGAGUAACUAUGGACUGAGAGAGCAUUUCGAAGAUAACUCAAUGGGUAGGCAGAAACAGGAUCCGUCAUACAACGCAGCUUCAGACAAAUAUAUCAACAAAAGUCUCUUCAAAGAUAAGAAAUUGAACAUGUUAUGGGCGAAAGCAGAGGCCUCCGGCUUCACCAGUGAAGAGUUAGCUGCUUUGAAAGAGGAGUUCACUCAUCAUCAGGAGAAAAUUGAUCAGUAUUAUGACUUGCUAGUAAACAUGGAGGCUGGAGAAACAGAUGGAUAUAAGAAUGCCGUCAAUGACGAGGAAAUUGAUAAAUUCAACGAAAUCAACUAUGUCAACGAUAAUGGAGAGAAUUUAACAAAGGAUUACAUAGACAAGUCCAACUUGGUGCGAGACAAGCACAGGGGUCUGCGAGACGGGUUCGAUAGGCUGGAAAGGAUUGCAGCUAGAGGUCCAGCAAACAAAGAAUUCAUUGAGCCCAAAGUGCAAGGUCUGUGGAAAAUGGCUGCUGCUGCUAACUUCACUGUGGAUGAGCUGGCUUCUUUGAAGGUGGAGUUACAACACUACGAGUCGAGACUACUGAAGUUGCGAACGUUGCACGCGGACCAUGUAAGCAAACUUGAGAAACAUCAUAGCAAGGUGGCUGCCACGGGCGACAAGAUGGACCACUUCGCAGACACGCAACAAACCAUCAAGAAACACACAUUGAAAGUCGAGAAGAUGCACGCAGAUCUAGAAGGCAGGAUCAUGGCUAGACACACUGAACUGUAGACUUAAAAUGGUAGCUGUUCUAUGUAGAUAUAAUGAUGGCAUAGCUAUAUGAAGUGUUAUGUGAAACAUGUUUUAAAUGUAUUAAACCGUUUUACCAUAAUUACGUAUAUUGGAGUGAGUUUAUAAAUAAUAUAAAAUAAUGUUGUAUAAAUAAUCUAAAAAAUAGCGUACAUGUGGUUGCUUCAAAAAA